CACCUGCAGCGCAAAACCACACAGCAAAACACCGACACUGCUGCCUUUUACAGCCGAGUGAAAGCUUGUGGUUUAAAAUGAUCUCCAGCUCAACUGAAGGUGGACUUUGUUGCCGUCUUUGACUUAAAUACAUGCCUCCUAUUUGUUUUUUGGCAACAUGCAGACGCAGCUCGUUGGUGUGUGUUUGGCAAUCAUCGGCUUUUUUGGCACCAUCCUCAUCUGCGGACUGCCCAUGUGGAAGGUGACGGCCUUUAUUGGGGCAAAUAUCGUCACAUCUCAGGUCUUCUGGGAAGGUUUAUGGAUGAAUUGUGUGAUCCAGAGUACGGGUCAGUCGCAGUGUAAGGCCUACGACUCCAUUCUGGCUUUACCGCAGGAUCUGCAGGCGUCCAGGGCUCUGAUUUGCGUCUCCAUCGCUGUCAGCGUGGUGGCCAUCGGGCUCACUGUGGUCGGGGCACGCUGCACCAACUUCUUACGUGGCGACUGGCUGACCAAAGCUAACAUUGGCCUGGCUGGAGGGCUGGUGUUCAUAUUAGCAGGACUCCUGUGCAUUAUUCCUGUCAGCUUGUCGGCUUACAGCAUCAUCACGGGUUUCUACAACCCCCUGCCCACCUCGGAGAGGAGGGGGGAGCUCGGGGCCUCCAUCUAUGUAGGCUGGGCAUCUGGAGCUCUGCUCAUCAUCGGUGGAGGGGUGUUGGGUAGCACCUACAGAUGCAGAGGACGAGAAGAGAGAAGGAGAGUACACAGACGUCAAAUACGUACUGUUGUUGAAAAUGUGCGGUAAUGCGUUUAGUGUGAUGGACUUUGUCAUCAUUUUUUUCAACCUUAAAAUGCACUAUACUGACAUUUUACAACCAAUCUGUGUAAAAUAUGAAAUUGUGUAGCAUAUUUACAGUAUAUUGCACGACGAGGGCAUGCAGCUGUUUUUAAAGUGAAGAAUGAAAUAAUGAAGUCUGGUUGAGCCAGUAGUUGUAUUAUAUGAUAUUACAGGAUGUUAACUGAAGAAAACAUGUUUAAUGAUGUUUAAUUUAGAGAUCUGAGUAUAUGUGAUGUGUUUUCAACGCGGUCUCAUCCCAACUCCUCACAUACUGAUGCUUUGUCAGACCCCUCGGCGUCACUUUUUGGUCUCAGUAAACACGGGACAUGGGACACAAACAACCUCACGCACGGGACAUGAGCAGCGGUUCAAGCUUGGAUUAAAGUGUUUGUUGGACCCAUCCACCUCCCACCCUGUGUGUCUCUUUUGCCCUUUAAAAUACGUCCCCAUAGCACUUUCCCUGUGCGUAUACUGUUGCCGCGGAUAGGUUUACAUUGUAGUUAAUAGGAAGCUUGGUGUGUCUCAUACCGACGCUAAAGGGUGUCUUGUGCGUCGGUAUCAAACACCAACGUCCGUGACAAAGCAUCGGUACUUGAUGCCCUGGGAAUGAGAACGGGCCGAUGUUUUAUUAUGUACAGAAUACAUUAUGAAUGCUGCAAGAACAAUCAGUUUUAAGACUUUUACAGACCACUGGUGUCAUAUUUAAUCAUAAUACUAAACUGUAUUGUUUUUACCUGCCAAUGAAAUGUGUCUUUGUUUGCAACAAGAAAGGAAUAGGAAUUGAGAGACAAAUUUCAGCUACUUGAAACAGAAUAAGGCAAAGAAAAGUUUUUAUUAUUACUCUUUGAUCACAUAAGAGUUGUGAAACAAGUUGAAUUGUACUGGAAACACCUACAAUGUUCACUGGUAGACUGGUUUUUCCUGCCUUUUUUCCUCAGUAUUGAGUAAUUGAACAAUAUGUUUGCUGUUGUUGUUGCCAUGUCAAGUGAAGGAAACUAUGAAUGUUUAUAUGUUUGCAUCUCAACAAACCAAUAAAUUCACCUUGUAUAUUUGUAUUUUUGUACAUAAGUUCUGCAUUUUUUUUCUCUUUCACACUAUUAUUUUUAAAACUACAUAUUUUAGCAUAUUAUUUAUGCAAGUUACAAAAGUUGCUUGGAUUAAAAAAAAAAGAUGCUCCCUAGAGAUAUGUGAUGCCCAGAGAAGAGAAAAACAUGUUACUUUGAGAACCUCUGUGCUCUACAUCAGCCGUUUCCAUGUGUA